UCAGGUUGGCCAGGGGGUGUGGCUUCUGGAGGAUACCUCACAGGAACUCUUAUACAAGGAUUGAUUGCGUUAACGGUUCCAGGCUAUACACCUAAAGGCUAUCAAGGGACAUUGCUUUUCUGGGCUGUUAUAUUUUUUGCUGUCUUCAUAAACACAGUGAUCAGCAGCACACUACCAAAGUUUGAAGGUCUAAUUUUGAUCCUUCAUCUUAUUGGAUUUUUUGGCAUCUUGAUCACCUUGAUCAUUCUCGGUCCGCAUGGCAGUACGUCCUUUGUGUUCAGGACAUGGCUCAACGAAGGUGGUUGGCCAACUCAAGGGCUGUCGUUUUUCGUCGGCUUGAUUGGAAAUGUGUUUGCCUUUGUUGGUGCCGAUGGAGCUUUUCAUAUGUCUGAAGAAAUUCAUAAUCCGUCCCUGAUCGUUCCAAGAUCGAUUAUGUUGAGUGUGGUAUUGAAUGGCAUCAUGGGCUUCGCAAUGCUCAUAGCCCUUCUAUUCUGCAUGGGGGAUACGCAAGACGCUCUGUCUACAAACACAGGCUAUCCAUUCAUGGAGAUCUUUCUUCAAGCGACUAACUCUGUAGUGGGUUCUGCUGUGAUGGCCUCCAUAGUCACAGUAUUAGCACUUUGCGCUACAGUUGGCAUACUUGCCUCGACAUCUCGAAUGUUUUGGUCUUUUGCAAGAGAUCGUGGCUUGCCUGCAUGGCGAAUUCUGCAACGGGUCGAUGCUCGAACCACUGUUCCCUUAUGGGCUGUCGCAACAACUACGACUGUUUCUUGUCUCUUGGCCCUUAUCACCAUUGGUUCUUCGACAGCCUUCAAUGAUAUAGUCUCGCUCUCUGUUGCUGGAUUAUACUCUUCCUACUUGAUCUGUGCAGUGUUGUUACUUUAUCGACGGCUCACUGGCAGCUUUCAGAAUGCACUAACAGACUUGGCGGAAACACCAGUGUUUUUGAAUACCAAAGGCGCGCAACUAGUCUGGGGUCCAUGGCAUGUUCCCGGAGUUCUGGGGGUGAUUAAUAAUACGUUUGCUUGCAUAUACUUAACCGUCAUACUAUUCUUUAGUUUCUGGCCGCCAUCAACACCCAUUGUACCAUCGACGAUGAAUUAUAAUGUUCUAGUCUCCGGGGGACUGGUGGCUUUCAGCUUGAUCUAUUACAUGUUAUGGGCGAAAGAUGAAUGGGAUGGCCCAAUUAUCGAGGUUCAAGUGAGAUAG